CAGCAGUGCGCGCGUCCUCCGCUCGCGUCCAGGUGUCACAUUCUUCGGAUGCUUCUGAUCAUUUGAACCCGGGACCGAAUCAUCAUGACGGACCCCUCCUCUGCUGCUGACACCACUGCUGGUCCUGUAGACCCCGGUCCUGCUCCUGCUCCUGUUCCGGAUCCAGCGGUGUUGGAUUCAGCAUCGACUCCUGCAAACGGACACCAUCCGAACCAAGCAGAUACUUUCAACAUGGAGCAGCAGAUGAAAAUAGGAGAGCCGGAGGACAACGGUCUUCUGGAGAGCAGUAUGCGUCUGAAACCCCAUGAGGCUCAGAGUUACAGAAAAAAGGCAUUAUGGGUAUCCUGGGUCUCCAUUGUGGUGACAAUGAUCUUAGCCAUCGCUGCGUUCACUGUUUCUAUAAUGCGGCAUAGUGCAUCAGCGUUUGGGUUUGCUUUUGAUGCCAUUCUGGAUGUCCUGUCCUCCAUAAUCGUGAUUUGGCGAUACAGUAAUGCGGCGGCUGUCCAUUCAGCACACAGAGAAUACAUAGCGUGUGCCAUCCUCGGAGUCGUGUUCAUCUUGUCGGCCAUCACUAUCCUGGUGAAAGCGAUCCAUGAUCUUGCCACAAAACUGCAACCAGAAGUGGAUGACUUCCUGUACAGCGUCUCGGUUAUCAGCGGGGUGGUGUGUGCCAUUCUGUCCGUCUGUAAGUUCAUGCUGGGGAAAGUCCUCACCAGCAGGGCUCUCAUCACCGACGGUUUUAACUCUCUAGUUGGCGCCGUCAUGGGAUUCUCCAUCCUCAUCAGCGCUGAGGUGUUCAAACACGAACCUAGCGUCUGGUACCUGGACGGGACUAUCGGGGUUCUGAUUGGACUGAUCAUUCUCGCCUACGGAGUCAAGUUGUUAAAGGACAUGGUGCCCCGCGUCAGGCAGACGAGACAUUACGAGCGCUUCGAGUAGCGAUUCUGAUUCUGGACGACACAACACACACAGAAACACUCCUGUGGAGAUUCUCCUGAGAGGAAAACACAACAGAACACAACACACACACACUUUACCUGCCUCAGGGCAAGCACAGCCACUAAUUCCCCCUGUAAAUAUGGAUCUGAAAGGGAACAACUGAAAUUGAAAAUAUAAAAUGUGUAUUAUCGUAUCGUUUGAGAUGGCAAAGAGCCAUGGGGCUGAAACAAGACAUCUCAGAAUGUAUAUCAUCUGAUAUAUAAAACCCAGCUUCAUUGCAUUGAGUUAUAUGUUGGUAUUUAUGGGUAUAAUGGUGAGAGACCUUUUUUAGGUAUGAUUUGUGCAGGUUAUUACACAUAUAUUCAACAUUUUCAAACGUCCAGGUUAAGAGGGAAAAGGUUUAUCAGGUAAACUUAACACAGAUUGUCAUUUUUGUCUAGUUUGUUUAAAUUAAGUUAUUUCAGUAGUUCUUUAGUAAAAACGUUUGUUGCAUCUGUGAAAACCUGUAAAAUUUUCACAUGAACAAUGAAGAAAUAGACUAAAAUGACACAAGAAUUCAUUAGCUGUCUAACAUUCGAUUUCGAAAGUUCUCAUUAUAGAAAUGUCAAUAAAAUGCCACAGUGGAAAAGCCAAAAACAUCAUAUAAAAUCAAGUACAGAUCACUCUGAAAGUGUACAAAUUGAAGUUAUGCCAACAUAAACGGAAGGGGUGCUGAAACUACAUAUUUGUAGAUAAUAAAAAGACUCAAAGUUGUGUUCUUCACAGGGACCUUGUUAAAACUUUAAUUUGAUUCUUUUUUUCCUUGUUAAACGUGCCAUUGAAUCAUCUACAUGAACUUUAAAGUAUAAUAUUCAACAAACAGGGCAUUUUCAUAUCUAAUACUAUUGUAACAUACUCAAAACAUAAUACAUGACGAAUCUUUCAGUACUUAAAGAGCACUAGUCUAAGUCUACAAACUAAUUGCUAGAAACCGCUUCGUUUGCUAGACCUAAAUAAUUAUGUAAUUUCAUCUUUCGCACUCCAUUGAAACAGUAAAACUCUGUGAAGGUCAUUUGUUAUAGUUUGAUCUAGCCUUGCAUAUAGCUUUUGGUGAAACUUGUACUUAUUAAAUGGCACACAAAUGUUACUCGCACAGUAACAAAGCCUUAAAACUUGACCCUUCAUGAUGUGAAGUUAUAUGUUCUGAAGUAUUACUUAGACUGUUGUAAUUUUGCCACGAAAUUUGGCAGUUUAAAUGUGUAUUUGGGAAAAGCCGAGUUUCUGAGCAUUUUAUGUAGCAAAUAUAUUGUAGCUCCGUGGAGCAGAUGGACGUAACAGUGACAUUACAGCCGGUCCAACCGCGUAUGUGCUAUUCAGUGGCAGUUCAUAGUUCGAUUGUCGGUGAAAAGCAACGUUUGUGCUUUUGGAGAAGUGUAUGACUUAUGCUGUUUUUUCAGGUGUGUGGUCGAAUUCGCCGCUCUGUUCUUUAUUGACAUGUUAAAUACUUUGAGCCCUUGUCAGAGGGACUAGACAUAAGCACACGCCCCUGCAAAUGAGACUUUCUUUGCACAGUUGCUAAAACCACAUGUAGACGUGUGAUCAGGACUUAAAGGAAUAGUUCAGCCAAAAAUGUCUGAGCAUUCACUCACCCUCAGUCC